UACUUUGGUGGUAGGUAAAGAGAUGUAGAAAGGGUGUGUCGCCAACAAAAACGAAACCAAUCCAAAACUAGAAAUUAUAGCUGUUUUGGUUGGUACCUGAACCUACAACACGCCUCAACCACCCAAACACUUCCAUAGCCAUGGCUGCAACCUCAUCAUCACUCGCUUCUCAUCUCUCCAUUGGCCUUCGCCGCCAUUCCCCGAAGCUCGAUUCUCUCGGCUCUCAACCUUCUCUCUCUGCCACUCACUCCUUCUUCGACACUGUUCACUCCAACCUUCUUUGUUGGUGGCAAUUGGAAGUGUAAUGGAACAAAAGACUCCAUCAGUAAACUUGUCUCUGACUUGAACAGUGCGAAAUUGGAGGCUGAUGUUGAUGUUGUCGUUGCGCCUCCCUUUGUGUACAUUGACCAGGUGAAAGGCUCAAUUACAGAUAGGAUUGAAAUUUCUGCACAGAAUUCUUGGGUGGGAAAAGGUGGGGCUUUCACGGGAGAAAUCAGUGUGGAACAACUCAAAGACCUUGGAUGCAAGUGGGUUAUUCUUGGGCACUCAGAGCGAAGACAUAUUAUUGGAGAAAAAGAUGAUUUUAUAGGAAAGAAAGCUGCUUAUGCUUUGAGUGAGGGUCUUGGAGUGAUAGCAUGCAUUGGUGAACUCUUAGAAGAGAGGGAAGCUGGGAAAACUUUCGAUGUUUGUUACCAGCAAUUGAAGGCUUUUGCAGAUGCAGUGCCUAGUUGGGACAAUAUCGUGAUUGCAUAUGAACCUGUAUGGGCCAUUGGAACUGGUAAAGUGGCCACACCCCAGCAGGCUCAGGAAGUACAUGUAGCUGUUCGUGAUUGGCUCAAAAACAAUGUUUCUGCGGAAGUUGCAUCCAAAAUCAGAAUUAUUUAUGGAGGGUCUGUAAAUGGGGGCAACUGUGCUGAGCUUGCAAAGCAAGAAGAUAUCGAUGGAUUUCUUGUUGGCGGUGCUUCGUUAAAGGGUCCUGAGUUUGCUACCAUUGUCAAUUCAGCUACUGAAAAGAAGGUCGCCGCUUGAUUACUUACUGUGGUUUUGGAAAUAAGAGCGCAUUAAGGACAAAGACUUGAUAAUCUUAUAUAUGACAAUAAUAUGGAGUGUAUUAUAACAGUUUCAUCCCAAUCAAUCUUUGUUGUAAUUUUCUAUGGCAUAGUAGAAAAAGCAUGGUCGCAGUUUUCCAAUGAGCUUGUAUUCUCUUGUAACGAUUAGAGAUAAUUAAGCAUUUUAAAGGGCAAUAAAUGUUAUUCAAUAAA